GGGUGGGGGCUUUCACCACGUGGCUUCGCCUUUUUUUUUUUUUUUUUUCCGCUCCAUUUUUUUUCAAGUCGAUUUUAUUUAGAGGCGGCGCCAGGGCGGCCGCGGAGAAACGUGACACACCAGCCCGCUCGGAGGGGUUUCGGACAGAAGGGAAGGAGCAGCGCCGAGUCGUCCGCCUCCCAGCGCGCCGCGGGCACUUCUCCCGGGCCUCGCCGAACUCUCCCGCGACCUCUGCGCGCCCUCAGGCCGCCCUCGCCGCCGCGGGCUCCGGACAACUUCAGGGGUGGGGUGCGAAGAAAGUUUGCGGCUGCUGCCGCCGGCCUCCCGCCUCUCGGCCUAGGAGGCUCGCCGCCCGCGCCCGCCCGCUCGGCCUUGCCAGGGACCGCGUCCCGCCCCGAGACCGCCACCAUGAACAAGCUGUACAUCGGCAACCUCAACGAGAGCGUGACCCCCGCGGACUUGGAGAAAGUGUUUGCGGAGCACAAGAUCUCCUACAGCGGCCAGUUCUUGGUCAAGUCCGGCUAUGCCUUCGUGGACUGCCCCGACGAGCACUGGGCGAUGAAGGCCAUCGAAACUUUCUCCGGGAAAGUCGAAUUGCAAGGAAAACGCCUAGAGAUCGAACACUCGGUCCCCAAAAAACAAAGGAGUCGGAAAAUCCAGAUUCGAAAUAUCCCACCCCAGCUUCGUUGGGAAGUGCUGGAUAGCCUGCUGGCCCAAUAUGGUACAGUGGAGAAUUGUGAGCAAGUGAACACCGAGAGUGAGACGGCAGUGGUGAAUGUCACCUAUUCCAACCGGGAACAGACCAGGCAAGCCAUCAUGAAGCUGAAUGGCCACCAGCUGGAGAACCACGCCUUAAAGGUCUCCUACAUUCCCGACGAGCAGAUAGCACAGGGUCCUGAGAACGGGCGCCGAGGAGGCUUUGGCUCUCGGGGUCAGCCCCGCCAGGGCUCCCCUGUGGCGGCGGGGGCCCCGGCCAAGCAGCAGCAAGUGGACAUACCCCUGCGGCUCCUGGUGCCCACCCAGUAUGUGGGUGCCAUCAUUGGCAAGGAGGGGGCCACCAUCCGAAACAUCACGAAACAGACCCAGUCCAAGAUCGACGUGCACAGGAAGGAGAACGCAGGCGCUGCGGAGAAGGCCAUCAGUGUCCACUCAACCCCCGAGGGCUGCUCCUCUGCGUGUAAGAUGAUCUUGGAGAUUAUGCAUAAGGAAGCGAAGGACACCAAAACGGCCGACGAGGUUCCCCUGAAGAUCCUGGCCCAUAAUAACUUUGUGGGGCGGCUUAUUGGCAAGGAAGGGCGCAACCUGAAGAAAGUGGAGCAGGACACCGAGACGAAAAUCACCAUCUCUUCGCUGCAGGACCUCACCCUCUACAACCCCGAGAGGACCAUCACCGUGAAGGGGGCCAUUGAGAACUGCUGUAGGGCCGAGCAGGAGAUCAUGAAGAAAGUUCGGGAGGCCUACGAGAACGACGUGGCUGCCAUGAGUCUGCAGUCGCACCUCAUCCCCGGCCUGAACUUGGCGGCUGUGGGUCUUUUUCCAGCCUCGUCCAGCGCGGUCCCGCCACCGCCUAGCAGCGUCACUGGAGCGGCUCCGUACAGCUCCUUUAUGCAGGCUCCGGAGCAGGAAAUGGUGCAGGUGUUCAUUCCCGCGCAGGCCGUGGGCGCCAUCAUCGGGAAGAAGGGACAGCACAUCAAACAGCUCUCUCGCUUUGCCAGCGCCUCCAUCAAGAUUGCUCCUCCCGAAACUCCUGACUCCAAAGUUCGUAUGGUCAUCAUCACUGGACCCCCGGAGGCCCAAUUCAAGGCUCAGGGAAGAAUUUAUGGAAAACUCAAGGAGGAGAACUUCUUUGGUCCCAAGGAGGAAGUAAAGCUGGAGACCCAUAUCCGGGUGCCAGCGUCAGCUGCCGGCAGGGUUAUUGGCAAAGGUGGCAAAACGGUGAACGAGUUGCAGAAUUUGACAGCAGCUGAGGUGGUGGUGCCCAGAGACCAGACCCCAGAUGAGAACGACCAGGUCAUCGUCAAGAUCAUCGGGCAUUUCUAUGCCAGCCAGAUGGCCCAGCGGAAGAUACGAGACAUCCUGGCCCAAGUGAAACAGCUGCACCAAAAGGGACAGAGUAACCAGGCCCAGGCACGGAGGAAGUGACCAGCCCCUUCCCUUCGCAGCGACUCAAGGACAACGGGCUGAAGUCGAGAGCGCGUUCUCCCCAGCAGGCCUGAGAAUGAGUGGGAAUCAGGGACCCUUGGGCCGGGAUGUAGACCAGGUUUGCCCGCUUGGCUUGAGGAAAGACGUUCCAGUGAGGAACCCUGAUCCCUCGGCCCCACACGCCCAACCAAUUGGCCCGACACUGCCCGCCCCUCAGGGUGUCACCAUGGAAAUUCUAGCUCAGGGUGCUUUUAAACGUGGAUUGUUGAAGUAAGUUCUCCAGGUCCCACCAAGAGAGUGGGUCAGGCCCUAGUGGGAAGAGAAAUAAAAUUUCCUUCAGGUUUUUAAAUCAUGCAGAGGGGUGUUUUAAUCAGCCUCAAAGGAUGGUUUGCUUCUCAACCCGAAAAUCCUUCCAGCCUUCUCCUACUUGGUUCGUUGAUUAAAAUACCUCUACUCUCGUGCCCUGACAUAACCUCUUCCUAUAUAGCCUCUUCCUGAAGUCACGCUAAUUGUUUUAUCUGUACUGCUACCAGAAAAGGUGGGAACCAAUGCAUUGUUUUGCUUACGUUAUUGACUCAGAGGAGAAGACACACCAGCAUCUAUAGCUUAAGUCCACUCCUUCCCUAACCGACCAGUAGGAACAGCAAGGAAUAAAGAACGGGGGAGAGAUGUGAUUAAACUAUAUAGUAAUCCACGUUUAAAAGGAGUGCCCUUAUGGCCGAUCUAGUCCAGAUCGCCAUCUUGAAAAAUUGGCGCGAUGAAAAUGUUCUCCACUCUGUCGGGACUUCCCCACCGAGAUUCCCUGCCCCGUUCACGUCCUUCUCCCCAUCUAGGUGCACAUGGGCGGUAGUGAAUGCUCGGCAGGGUAGGGGCUGACCACUGUACUGUCCCUGAUUCCCACCAUUCUCAGGCAGAUUUUAUAUUUUUUUAAAGUCUAUUUUAAUGAUUGGAUAUGAGCACUGGGAAGGGGACGUAACUCCCCUUGAUAAAGUCUCAGUUCCAUGGAGGACUUGAGUGGCCCCAAAGGCUGCCACUGUGCCCUCACUCCAGCCCGUGUGCUCCUAUAAGGGCUGGUUCCCAGAGGCAGGGGUUGUGGGGCACUCCCCCGCCACGGCACUGUUCCCUUGGUGGAGGUGGGAUGUGGAACCCAACCCCGAGCUCCCGGUAAAGCUGAAGUCCACCAUCUGGCGUACGUUAUGAAUAUUCAGUAAAUGGGAGAGUAUUUGCUUCUGUCGUUAUCCCAGAGGCAUAUUUAACCGAUGGCUUCUGCCUCCGUGAAUCAUCGGCAUGACAAAAGUUGUGCCUAAAAAACAAAGUUCAAAAUACCAGCAACCUUAUGCACAAAGGGGUAAAUAAGCUUAAUUUAUUAAUUUCCCAGGCUCAGUAAGAUCCCGUUGGAAGUUCAGCCCUUGUGGAAGACAGCAGCCAUCAGUUGAAUGAGGUUGGGCCUCCCCUCCUGAUAUACUGAUUGUCAACGCAUAUCAGCCAGGUGGUGCACUUUAGUUAGCUACCUUGGACAAUGCUAUCAAGUGUGCUGGGAAGGGAGGAAGGCCUCUCUGCAUGUGGAAAAGCCCAUGCGUGGAGUCCCCUCCUUCCGACACUGCAACAACAACAGUAGUAACAACGAGACAACCAUGACACGUGGGCGGAGUCAGUCAGGUAAUGCUGUGCGCGAAGUAAACUACCUCAAGGUAUGAAGUUACCUCAGCAAUUACUUUCCUUUUUGUUCCCCUCACCUUUUUUUAACCUUUUUUUUUCUUUGCGGCUUGCUGAUAUUUUAUAUAAAAAAAAGAAAAGCAAAGCAAAAGAGAAGCUGAUAGUCUUGAAUAUUUUAUUUUUUUAAUGAAAAGAAAAAAAAACCGAGAAAGUUAUGUUUCAUAAUUUCUUACAACAUGAGCCAGUGUAAGCCUUUAGGAUCUCUCUAGGGAGAACAGGCCCUAUGGGAAGGGCAGCAGGGGCUGGCUCUUUGGGAGGAGGCUGGGGCUCAGCGGCCCAAGGUGGAGAGAGCCCGGGGUGAGGCCCUGAUCUCUGACCCCCAGAUUCCUAAGCCACUGGCCUCUCCUGGGAAAUCCCGCCUGCUGGGGAUUCAGAGACCUAGCAGAGCUGUGGGCCUCCAGUGGCCAAACGGCAGUCCCCAGCCACCUGCUCAUGGCGUCUCCUCUCUCCCUUUUUGGUUAAAGGGCAUCCCAGCCAGUUCUCCCCACCAGUGGUGCUGUUGAGAUAUUUUUAAAUAAUUGCCUCCGUUUUAUCGAGGAGUGAAAUAAUAUCUAAAAAGUAUACCCACUUAAAAAAAAAACAAAAACAAAAAACCCUCUAUUUCUCUUUCUAGAAGUAUGGGAGCCAAGAUUCCGUUGGUGGAAGAGACACAGCUGCUCUCUUACCCUCAGAGAGGUCCACCUGGUUUGUCAUUGCAGUCUUUUCUUUUUUUGGUGUUGUUUUCAUUUCAGUCCCAUCUUGCUGUUCCCUUUGGGUCUGCGUCAACAGACCCAAGGAGCAGACAGACACUCAGAUGAUUGCCCCUUCGUCUCCUGUCAUCUUUAGAUUGAUCUGAUUGGUUCUAACAGUGGACCCAAACCUAAAGGAAUUCUUGAUUUAGGGUGGUGGGUGCAAGAAGCAGUAGGGGGGUAUGGGAAUGUGACUGGGGACAGGUUCCUGCCUCGCUCGUGUCUUAUCCUUGCGUCCCCAUGACAUUCCUUUACAACCUCCAGAACUGUCUACCCCAAAGAGAGGAAGAAGCAGGAGAGCAUUUAGGGGUGAUAUCAGGCCUAUGUAAUUGAGCUUCCCACCUCCCCUAACCACAAAAAAAGGGUCUCCCAACUUCCAUCUCUGGCUCUAUAUGCUUUAGCCCAAAAUGAAGCAGAUAACGUUCAGACAUCGGCCAUUUGGUGAUUUAAGGCGAAUUUCCAGCAGCAAGCAUGCUUUAAUAUCCGGUUCAAACUACCAGCAGAAAAACAAAAAACAAAAACCAACAAACAAAAAAACCACCCACAGUACCUGAAAUGUGAUUGUUGCAGUGUUCAGUUUCCUUGGGAUCCUGCUCCCGUCACACCUUAAGCCCACGUCCUUUUCCUUUGGCUGGUUCAGCUCCCGGAAGAGACCAGGAAGUGUGGCAAGGGGCUGUCAGACGUUAGUUGAAUUAGGCACAGCUUCCACCCAUCGCUGACAUUUGCCCAGCAGGAAAGUUGUGAAAGUUACCCUAUCAGAAGCAGAAGGAAUAUGGUUUGGUGGUUAAAGUUUAGCGGGAUAAAGGGACCUGUCUUGGUGGGCCCGCCUUUGACCCUUAGGCUAGGUCUUGGGGUAGUGCCUCGCCCUCCUGCACAUCACCUCCAUUUCCCCGUCCUUGGCGAGAUAAGUCAACGUGGAAAGCACUUGGGAGAUUUGGAUGAUCAGAGAAAAGUGACUUUUAGAAAACCACUUCUAUACUGAAGAGAGAGAGAGAGAGAGAUAUAUAUGUGUGUGUGUGUGUGCGCUACAUAUAUAUUUUUAAGAAAGGACCAUCUCUUUAGGAUAUAUUUUUUAUUCUGUGGAACACACAAAAAAACCAAAAUGGUUUGAUUCACUUAACUUCAAAGCUGCAUCUGACAGUUACACCCGGAUGGCUUUAAUCCCCUCUAGGGUCUGGUUGCCUUUUGCAGUUUGGGUUGUGGACUCGGCUCCCCAGAAGGGUCUGGGUAGGAGAGAGCCAUACGUAGGGACAGAGUUUUAUCCCCUGCUGCCCUUUCCUGCCCUCCCCUGGGUCCUUGUCAAGUCCUUAUUCCUUUCCCGUGAGCUCUCCACCUCCGGGGGGGGGUGGGGGGGUGGUUGGGAGCUAUUCUUAGGUAUGCCUCACUAUUGGCAGGAAAGACCCCAUGUAAAACCCAGAGAGCACUGCGGGGAACACUCCAGGUGGCUCUGUGUCCGUUUUCCUCUGUGCCAAAGACAGACAGACAGGGGCUGAGAGAGGCCGUUUCUGAAUCCAAGCAGUAGCCAUCUUUCGACGUAUACUUGGGCCCUCUGAGAGGGGCUCCUGGAAACAGUGCGAGCUAAAGACGCGUCCCUUCCCUUCUGAGGCUCCUGGGGGACGUGGGGGCGGUGCUUAGCUUGCCAAGGGGUAGGGAGCUGAGAAAGGGGUCCAUUGGCUCCUGUUGCACUUUGGGGAAGGAGGGGAAGUUUGGGGCUCCUCCACGUGGGACUGCUCUCUGUCCCCUGCCCCCACUGCAGAGAUAGCAUGGCGAGUUCCCUUCAGGCCUGGCAGACUGGCAGCGAGGAGGGGCCUCAGUUAGCUCUCAAGGGUGCCUUCCCCUCCUCCCACCCCAGACGUAACCCUCUGCCAAACUGGGAACCAGCAGUGCUAUGUAACUACCUCACAGAGCCCCAGAGGGACCCCCCAGGCUUCCAGUUCACGCCGAAGCCGAAGCCGGCACCUCUAGUCCCCCCUUUCCUCCCACCUCCCACCCGGGGGGGGGCGGGGAGGGGGGGCGAUCUGCUUUCACUCUCCUGAAGUGUUUUACGGGGAGAUCCUAGUGGCUUUGACAUUCAAACCGCGCCACUGUUCUUUGCCUGUUUGUGGCAAACUGGUGGAAGGAAGACAGCACAGCCUGACCACAGUAAUUGCAGGAAGAUGGGAGACCUCCAUGCCAGGGGACAUAAAGCCAUUUCCCUUCCAAACGCUCGAUGACGUAGACGCAGAAACGUCUCUCUGGUACCCAGACUUCGAGUAACGCCAGCUGAAAGCUUCGGUUUCUUUGGAUACGUAAGGCUUCUCUGUCGGGGUACAGGGCAGGGAGGAGGCCUCGUGACCGAAGGUGAAGGUAGAGGGCGAGGGCCAGAUCCCAACCUUGACCCUUGGGCCCGUGCACCUCCUUGGGGCACAGCCUGAUGUGGGCACCAUUUGCAUGGUGUCUUAGCGUGGUUGAAUCCGGACUGACGAGACAUGGAAGAAGUUUUUGUUCUCUUAAACAGCAGGAAGCUCCUCGGGAGCGUGUGUUUUCGAGUUACCACAGGUGAUGGAUGCUACGAGUAGAAAUGGAUUAACUACCUCAAUCCUUACAAUAAGAUUGGAACCGAGGGCAGGGACUCGUGCAUAAGGGUAUGAAUCCUAGCCAGGAGAAGUGAGUUGAGGCUUGUGCCACAAAAAAGGUUUGUUCUUGAGGAACAGGCAGGCCUGCCAGGACUCCCCCCACCCCUGUCCAGGGGGCUGGGCGGUCUGGCAAUUAGGUCCCCCCCCCUCCUUCCGCCUUCCUUGCCCAGGGGUCCAGCGUGUCACCCCUUUCCCUCCGGCUUGACCUCCGCUCACUUGCUCUAGCCUAUCUCGUUGGACCAGAGAGGCUGGCUGGAGGUGAAAUGGCCUGGAACCCAUCACUCAGCCCUAGUGUCAGGAAGCCUGGGGAAGCCAGAGCUAAGACCUCUUCAGGGUUUCUUUGAGAUGCUCCGCCUCCG